UCUCAAGCGCCGCAGCUCCAACAGCCAUUGUCCACCCGCCGCCGCCAGCGCCGCCAGCGCCGCCGUCGCCGCCGCCGCCGCCACCACGACAGCUGCCCUUACGUCUCCAUCUUCUGCCGUCAGCCCGGCGACGGUCUCCAUGACAACCAGCACCACGCAGACGACAGGAAUCAGCACCGUCGGGGUGCAGCUGCCUCAUCCCCAGCAGCAGUACAGCCACCCAAACACGGCCACGGUCGCUCCCUUCAUGUACCGGACCCACACGGACUGCGACGGAAAUGUGCCUCUGGUCAUGGAGGCUGGACAGAACCUGGGUGCUCACUCGGACCCAAUCCUGUUCAGCAAGUCUGCACAGCAGCCGUGCGUCGACGACCUGCCUGUAGGGGAGGAUGCCGAGACUCGGAGAAUGAGAACCGUGAAGAACAUCGCCGACUUGCGCCAGAACUUGGAGGAGACGAUGUCAAACCUGCGGGGAACGCAGAUCACUCACAGCACGCUGGAGACGACUUUCGACGGCAACGUGACGACGGAGGUGAGCGGCCGCGGGCUGCUGGGCAUGGGCGGGCGUGCGGCCGCCCAGACGCCUCUCUCCUGGCGGCUGGCGCAGGCCAGCAGCCCACGACUGCAGGCCGGCGACGCCCCGUCCCCUCUGGGCAAUGGCUACCCGCCCCGCGCCACCGCCUCCGGUCGCUUCGUGCAGCAGGAAGCCGUUGCGGCGGCAGCGGCUUCUGGGGGCGGCGGCGCCCCCGCAGGGCGCUACCUGCGCAGGGCGGUGCCGGGCCGUGGGGCGGGCUGCGGCCAGGCCGGCGAUGGAUCUGAGCGAGCGGACGGCGAGAUGUGCGGCAUGGGCGCCGACGCGGCCGGCUACAUGAGCGACGGCGACGUGCUGGGAAAGAAUCUCCGCAGCGAAGACGUUGCGAGCGGCUACAUGACGGACGGUGGCUUGAGCCUGUACACGCGGCGACUGAACCGGGUGCCAGACGGGCUGACGGUCGUGCGUGAAGCUAUGCAGCGCGGCGUGCCCCUGGCUGUGGGAGACGCAGACAGCUGGGACGACGAUAGUUCAAUCAGCAGCGGACUGAGCGACACCAUCGACAACGUGAGCACGGACGACAUCCACACCAGCUCCUCGGUCAGCUCCUACCCCACGACGCCGGCUACCGCUCGCAGAAAGGGGGAGGCCAAGCUGCGUACGGACAAUGAGAAGCGCUCAGGGGUAGACAGAAACGGCGGCUGGCAGCACGGAGGCUCGGCAGGAGACGAUAUGAAAGCCGUGGGGAGCAGCAGGGGCGGCUCCGUGGACCCAGAGCACGGAGGAAGAGUGAUGGAGCCCGGCGCACGCUGGAAGCGCAACCCCUCGGAUGUGUCGGAUGAGUCGGAGAAGAGCUCCGGUGGUCUGCGCAAACCCGGCAGCAUCGCGCACACGGGCUCCUGGCGCCGGGGAAUGAGCGCGCAGGUCGGCAUCACGCCUCCUCCGCCGCGGGGCAAAGCCGCCACGUCUGCCCUGAAGAUGCCGGGGAAAACAGAUGAUGCGAAAGCGUCCGAGAAAGGCUGCCUCUCGCCUAAGCGCGGCGCCGUUCAGCGCUCCCCGUCGGACGCGGGCCGCAGCAGCGGAGACGAGGGAAGGAAGCCGCCGUCUGGCAUCGCCCGGCCCACGGGCGGCGGCGCCUUCGGCUUCAAAAAACCCGGCACCAUCAUCACGGCGAGCGGCGCCACCAUCACGAGCGGUUCCGCCACCGUAGGGAAGCUCUCCAAGUCCUCCGGCAUCGCGGGCCGCGCGGGGGCCUGCAUCGGCGGGCGUAAGACGAGCGUCGACGGUUCUCACGACGACCCGGCGUCGCGCGCCGCCCUGACGUACAGGAGUCUUCCCCGGCCUUCCAAGUCUGGCAGCGGCGGCCACAUUCGCGGCCUGGGGAACCGCUCCAGCACCAGCAGCAUCGACUCCAACGUGAGCAGCAAGUCGGCGAGCGGUCCUCCAGGGUCCAAACUCCGAGAGCCGUCGCGCAUCGGCGUGGGCCGCUCCAGCCCGCCAGCCGCCGUCGGCCCUACCCCCCAUCACGCCACCGCGGCCAUGCUGGCCCACGCGCAGCAUCAAGAGAGAGACAAGUCGACGGGUGGGUUGGUGCCGGCGGAGAGAGAGCGGACUCCGGCGAACCAGACGGACCGGGAGAAGGCGGCGGCCGCCGCCGCGGUCGGAGCGGCGGCUUCUUCUGACGCGGAGAGCGUGGCGUCGGGCUGCUCCGUGAAGCUGAGCCCCGCGCAGACUCCCGCUCUCGCAUCGCCCAGCCCCACCCAGCCCGUGCCCAAGUGUCCUGACAUUUCUUCCCCAACGCUUCGUAGGUUAUUCGGAGGAAAACAAAGCACCAAGCAGAUCGCCAUGACAAGUAGCGACAACUUGAAAAAUUCCACCAUCAUUUCAAACCCACACGCGAUGCUGGCCCGGCAGGGCAGCACCGACUCUCCGUCUCCCGUGGACGGCAGCAUGGCCGGCAGCUACAGCAGCGGCGGCCCCAGCUCGGGGCUCUCCCCAGCCUCGCCUGCCACCUCCUCCUCUUCCGCGUGUAGUCCCGGCCCUCCUAAGGCCUCCAUCCCCACCCCGAUGGGCAUCUGCGGAGGAGGCGGCGGCGGCAUGCCUUGGGGAAUCGGACUUGCGCAUUCUCCGACGGCCGCCGGAAAGACCGGCCUCUACCAGCCGGCACUGGGGCAGCCGCUGGACCUGGCUCUCUCCGGAGCCUCGAGCUCCAUGGCCGCCGCUGCUGGGUUCGGGGGGCAGUCGGCGGUGCCGCACGGCUGCUUGACACCGACGUCCAAGCCGGAGAGCGGCCCGUGCUCGUUUGUGAGGACCAGCAGCCUUAAGUCCACCAUGUCCGAGAGUCCCCCUUCCUCCCCAACCACAAGCACGCAUUUUAUCAGCAACACUUUACCUAGGAGACAAGACAGGCAACUUCAGAAUAAGAACAUCUUGGAUAACUUUCUGCUUCUUGACAGGAACACCCUGCCUAAAAAGGGCUUCAGGUGCACGCCAUCCCAGCAGCGCGGCCAGGACGAGUGGAUGCGCUCAUACUCCAUCGGCGGACUGCAAGAUACGGGCGAACACUCUCCCCUAACCUCCGCCACAGCCAUCACCUCUCCAACUGGCACGCGAUUCCACUUCCCACCACCCGUGAGCCCGAACGCGGCCUCCCAGCUCAGCGUGUCGUACCCCAACGUGUUCCGCUCCAACAGCGUGUCGGCGCACGACCCCGCCUACGACAUGUACGGCGGCAGCGACACGCGCCUCCGCAACAGCUCCGUCUCACUCGACGAGCGCCACCGGGGCAUGAGCCGCUCCGGCUCCUUCCGUGACGGCAUCGAAGAAGUUCACGGAUCCUCGCUCUCCCUUGUGUCCAGCACGUCCUCCAUCUACUCCACGCCUGAUGAAAAGGCAGUUUCUGAGAUGAGGAAGCUGCGCCGGGAGCUGGACCAGUCUCAGGAUAAAGUGGCGACGCUCACCGCUCAGCUCACAACCAACGCCCACCUGGUGGCUGCGUUUGAGCAGAGCCUGGCCAACAUGACCAGCCGCCUGCAGAGUCUCACCAUGACCGCCGAGCAGAAGGACUCGGAGUUGAAUGAACUGAGAAAGACCAUCGAGAUGCUGAAGAGGCAGAAUGUGGCGGCACAGGCUGCGAUCAGCGGUGUCAUCAACACUCCAGAGCUCUCCCGAAAAGCAGGGAGUGCGAGCUCUUCGCAGUCGACGGAGCUGCGCAUCCGGCGGCAGCACUCUUCGGACAGCGUGUCGAGCAUCAACAGCGCCACGAGCCACUCGAGCAUCGGAAGCUCGGCCGAAACGCCCGACUCCAAAAAGAAGAAAAAGAAGAACUGGCUUCGCAGCUCCUUCAAACAGGCGUUUGGAAAGAAGAAGUCGCCCAAGUCGGCGUCGUCUCACUCCGACAUCGAGGAGAUGACAACUCCGGACUCGUCCCUCCCAUCGUCACCCAAGCUACCCCAUGGAGCAGUCACCGCUGUCACGCCUGCCAUCAAGCCCUCUCACUCUGCGUCCGCGAUCUGCGAGUGCACGGAGACGGGGGCGGAGAAGGUGAUGCAGCUGAGGAGCGAGCUGCGCGAGAAGGAGAUGAAGCUGACGGACAUCCGGCUGGAGGCGCUGAGCUCCGCGCACCAGCUGGACCAGCUGCGCGAGUCUAUGAACCGCAUGCAGAGCGAGAUCGAGAAGCUCAAGGCAGAGAACGAUCGCCUCAAGUCGGACGGGGGCGGCAACUGCAGUCGCGCCCAGUCACAGCUCUCCAUGUCCUCCACGUCCUCGCCACGCCAGUCCGUGGGACUUUCCCAGCACAGCCUCAACCUGCCCGAGUCCACCAGCCUCGAUAUGCUGCUAGAUGAUGGCAGCGGGGAUGGAUCUACACGUAAGGACCGUCGCAAUGUCAAAAUCGUCGUUUCUCUGACCGACCUGCCCAAGCGUAGAGAGGACUCCAAGAUCCAGGAGUACACCAUUGGCAGUAUUGGUGUCAGCGGGAAGACGAAGUGGGACGUGUUAGAUGGAGUCGUACGACGUCUCUUCAAGGAGUAUAUCUUGCGGGUGGAUCCACUGACGAACCUCGGCUUGAGCACGGACAGCGUGCUGGGCUACAGCAUCGGAGACCUUGUGCGUAGCCGCGAGUCCGACGUGCCCGAGCUGUUGCCCUGCGGUUACCUGGUCGGCGAGAAUACCACCAUCCGGGUGGCGCUCAAAGGCAUGGUGGAGCACAGUCUGGACAGCCUGGUGUUUGAGACGCUAAUCCCCAAGGCGACACUGCAGCGCUACGUGUCGCUGCUCAUGGAGCACCGGCGCAUCAUCCUGUCCGGUCCGAGCGGCACGGGCAAGACCUUCCUGGCAAACCGGCUCGCAGAGUUCAUCGUGCAGCGCUCGGGGCGUGACGUCACCGACGGCGUUAUCGCCACCUUCAACGUCGACCACAAGUCCAGCAAGGAGUUGCGGCAAUACCUCUUAAACUUGGCGGACCAAUGCAACAGCGAGAGCAACGCAGCCGACAUGCCGCUGGUGAUUAUCCUCGACAACCUGCACCACAUCGGCUCGCUGGGCGACAUCUUCAACGGCUUCCUCAACUGCAAGUACCAGAAAUGCCCUUACAUCAUCGGCACCAUGAACCAAGCCACGACGUCAACGCCAAACCUACAGCUCCAUCACAACUUCAGGUGGGUGCUGUGUGCCAACCAUGUGGAACCCGUCAACGGGUUCUUGGGACGUUUCCUGCGCAGAAAGCUCAUAGAGACAGAGAUACAGAGCAGCUCUCGGAAUAAUGACCUCAUCCGCAUCAUGGACUGGAUGCCCAAGGUGUGGCAGCAUCUCAAUCGCUUCCUGGAGGCCCACAGCUCUUCCGACGUCACCAUCGGUCCUCGGCUCUUUCUGUCCUGUCCGAUGGAUGUGGGCGGCUCACGAGUCUGGUUCACCGACCUGUGGAACUACUCUAUCAUCCCUUAUGUUCUUGAGGCUGUUCGUGAAGGCUUACAGUUGUAUGGGCGGCGCUCGGCUUGGGAGGACCCUGCCAAGUGGGUGAUGGAGACGUAUCCGUGGGCGUCGACCCCACUGCAGCAUGACUGGCCUACGCUGCUCCAGCUGAGGCCCGAAGACGUGGGCUUUGACGGUUACACAUCGGCACGGGAGGGCAGCACCUCCAAGCCAGCUCCGCCCAGUGAUGUGGAGGGCGACCCGCUGAUGAACAUGCUCAUGAGACUACAAGAGGCUGCGAACUACUCAAGCCCCCAGAGCUGUGACAGCGACUCUAACAGCACCAGCCACCACGAGGACAUCCUUGACUCCUCGUUUGAGUCCACGCUGUGACCCAAGCAUCCUCCACGCGAGAGUCAUGUGCUUCCGACAAGUGGCAUACACCAGCCUCCACAAGACGCCGCUGCUGAAGAUGUUGCAGUCAAGUGUGUAGUAAUGGAUGGAGGUGAUGGAGAUAUUAGGAUGAUCAAAGCACCAUGGAAUCAUCACGAUCUGUUGAAUAUUGAGAAAAUGUCCAGAAUUUUGAACAUUCGUUGGAGAUAUUCUAUGGCUCCAUUUGGGAGCUGCAUUUACGGGAAAGGUUCUUUGCGUUACGAAAAUGCACAGAAAUGCUACUUGGCAUGAAAAAAAAACAAUCUUCACUCGAAAUCAUGGACACAUAAAUACAUGCCAAUACACAAACACAAGACACCACUUGUGGUGCAAUGGAAACGCCUCUGAAUACCCCUGGGUCCCCAUAUUCAGUGCCGCCAGCAAUUUAUUGAUAUUCCCGAGGCAUAAGGCACCUCGUUCAAGCACGAAGCGACUUGUGUCCUGCAGAGAGAUUGCAUUUGCAAUGCAUCAAGACAAUUUUGUGUAGUCACAUCACUGGAUGACAGUUGAAUCAGAACUGCGUUUAAAGUCAAAGAAAAUUACUUGUCAAUCGACAAGACAAUGUUUUUAGCCUUUCAUCAGUUGUUAUGUUGAUGGUAUUCCUUGUGGAAACUGUGUAUUGCAAUAAAAGGAAACAAUACAAAUGACAAGAAUCUGAUAAAAAAAUUAGUAUUUCGGCAAAACCUUAACUUGAAUCUGCCGAUUGAUAACAAAUCUAAGACUUUACCUAUGCAGGAACUGGUUUGUGCUGCUCAUGGAUCAUUUACACUGCUUGCUGAGAGUCUCAAGAAAGGCUUGUGAAGCCAACAAAUGAUUUUGUUGUUUUUUCUGUCGACAAAGCUGGAUAUAUUUUGCACAUGUCUGCAAUGACAUGCUCGUGGAAGUGCAAGACGCACGGUGCUACGCCAUCCUUGUCCGUACGAUUACUUGGCAGAAUAUGUUUUUGCCAAAUUCCACACGUUUGCCAGGCCUAAGCACAAAACAGUGUUGUCCUCAAAAUGAGUGCCAGCAUUUGGUUCUGAUGCCUGUGCAACAGGUCAGUGCUUUGUCUUCAACAAAAUAUACAAAGAAGUGAAGUCAGAGGACACUUUUUACAGGUGAUAGAAUAAAUACCUGAAAGUAUCUCAAUAUUAGAAAUGUGUUCUCUGCAUUACCAAGAGAAGUUUAUGCUGUUGCCACAGUGUUUUAUAAGAUGUGAUUUUUUUCCUAUUACUUUACUUCAUCAAGGAUGUUAUUGUAACAAUAAUUUAUGUUGGUGCUGACACACAAUGCCUUACUCUUGCAUAUGAAUUGGUCAGAUCUUACCAUGGUACCUAACUUUUCACAUACAGUUGAUCGGCACAGAAACCUUGCCCGUGUUUGAUCAACAACUGCUUAGAGCGAUGGAAUUUCCAGCCUUCUAUUUUGUUAUGUUUUGUAAAUAAACUACAGCCUUUUGUUGUUUUUUUAAUUCACGGAAUAUCCAUAAAGCAGACAAGUGAAAAUGUUGUGACUACUGAGGCUGUUUCAAAAUUACAUAAAACAGUUGCUGUCCACCCCACUUGCAUAUUUCAGCUACUAUAUAUAAUGUUAUGCUUUGUUUAAAUGCUGCUGGCAACAAGGUGUAUUACUUUUCAAAAUGGCUUUAUGUUCUGAACAAAUGUUAAAAUGUGAAGCAUCUUGGUUCUUUAGUGAGAGCACUAUGCUUUUAUGCAAUUAAUUAGCUUAAAGAUUACUAUAUCAACAUUGAGUGCCCUUAAAAAGGUAUUUUCAGGAAAUGUGUCUGCUAAAUGAAAGAGUUGUUUAAUCCCUUUAAAAUUGGGACAUUUAAAAACAAGCACAAUAGAAAAGUACAAAGUAUCCUUAAAUCGCUUUCUUGACACAUUUUGUUUGAAUAAAUUCCGAGAGCUGAUCUCUUAAUUGUACACAAAUUUAAACAAUUUUCGUAAAAGUGCACAACAUUGCAGUAUCAUUAACGCAGUGACUAUGAAUGGUUACGAUAUUUUGAUGUGAAAUGUUUGUUACGUAUUACAGUUUACCAUGUUGUAUAGCACACAGCCUUGCUUUGAAGUCACUUCUUCAACUGGAUAGCUCCAAAUCUUAAUGCGGAAAAGAACAAUUGUUGACGUCAAACAGCAACGGGGGAGUGCAUGUUGUGGCAUGCAUGUAAAUUGUAGGCUAAUGCUUGGGGCUAUGUUGAGUGCUGAUGCAAAAAAACUACUUUAAUUAUAUUUUACAUGUUUUAACUUGACAAGCACACACCGCAGUACAUUUGAUUGAACUCCGAGUUAUGUAAUUGGAAGACGUAAAACUAUCCAUUUCCUGAAUGGCAAUCGACAUGUAAAAAAACAAACUUUUUUUCCAUCUCUGAUACGUUUUCCGAUUAGAAAAGGGGCCGUCCAUAAAUUACGUCACGCACCUAGGGGGGGGGGAGUCAGACAUUUGUGACGAUGUGUGACGAGGGGGGGGGUUUGAUAAAUGUGACGUCACAUCAAAUUGCGCAACUUUAAAUAUAGACAACACGUUCUACUUCAUUAAAUAGACUUUUUGAUAAAUGUUUUCUCCUACAACAACAUAGUGCAGCGGCACAUUAAAUACGCACUACAAUGACAAUAGUUUAAAGCGAUUUGAAGCAUGUUUUAUUUGGGGCAGAGCUUUGUGACGUCAUAUUUGAGGGGGGUCUGACUUUUUGUGACGCCGUGUGACGAGGGGUAGUCAAAAAUCGUCCAAAAUCGCGUGACGUCAUUUAUGGACGGCCCCAAAGAAGAAUUGCCAACUCGACACAACCUGUUAUUAAUAAGAUACAUUAUAGUGUAUAUCUUAUGGCCACUGAUAUUGCUUUCAUUGCAGUAUGAUUGUAUUUAUUGAUGUAAUCAAUGUUCAAUACAGUGUUAAGCCACUCAUAUUUUUUCACUGAAGUUGUGAAAACAUACUAUGCAAAGACCACGCCAUUGUUAAUGCAUAUAGUAUACAUUUUAUUUUAAGCCAAAUUGAAGCCAAAUUGUUGAACCUGCCAUUUGAACAAACAAUACCAUGAUAUUUUUUGCGGUAAAGUAUAUUUUUAAAGCUUAUAUUGUUUUGACUCUGCUGAUUGUCAGUGUUUACGGAACCUUGAGUUUUGUGCUUGAGGCUGAAACCCAUGUUGUGCUGUUAUGCUGUGUGAAAACCUGUGUAUGUGGUGAUGGUUGCAAAUUUUGUGUGAAUUUGUGGGCAAAAAAACCCUGCUUUAUUCUCCUGUAAAUUUUGCCAUGUACUGUAUUGUAACAUAAAACCAGCUGUAAAUAGGGGUGAAUAGCGAUAACAUUUUGAAAGGUUUUAUAGGCAUUUUUGUAAACACUAGGGAGAUAAUCGGUAUUUUGUGUAAGAAACAAAUAUCUUUUUUCUUUUCCUUGUUGCCGGUCAUUGUGGAGGUGUUCUGUACUUGGAAAUUUCAACAACUCUUUGGGGGUGGGAAAAAACGAUGGACAUAAUAUACCUGUCGUAAAUUAUUCCGUGUUAAAAAUUAAAUGCUAUUUAUUAAUAA